CAUCCGGGCAUUGUUUUUGUUUCUUCCUGAUCCUGAACGCAUCGUGCCGACGCAGGGGGCCCCAGCCGCAAGCGGGCGAUCCAUCCGAGCUUGCCAGACCUUGCAUCCAUAAGAGGGGAAGGCGGCGGCGGAGGAUAAUCUCGACGAUCCCGCACCGCCAUGAGGCCCUUCGUAAUUCGACGAUGGCUGGCUUCACCGCCCCUGUUAUCCAGCAGCAGCAGCAGCAGCUGUUGCGUCGAUCCAAAGCACAUACUGGCCCUGCAUGCAUGUCGGCCAGCCACACAUUCGCAUCAAACCUAUCCAGCCCACCUGUACCAUCCGAACCACAACCACAACCACGGCCACGGCCACGGCCAUGUUCCGUUACUUUCGCUUUCGCUGCUCGAUCUCGGCCGAGCGCACUUUCACUCCCACGCUCACAGCAGGACUGCGGCCCACCCGAUGGCGAGCCCCAAUCCGCAGAACCACGCCGACUUCCGGAAACUGGAAGCCGAGCAGCCUCUGGAAUCGUCGCACCCACACUCGGCUCAAGAUCCAGAGCCAUCGACCACCAAAGUAGUCAGUUCACCAGCACAAUCGCCGAAUCCCAUCCAGCCUGCCUCAGCGCCAGCGCAUCUGCAGCCCAAGCAGGAUGAGAAGCCCCGAGCGGCGUCGCAACACGAGGACACAUACGAGAGCAUCGACUAUGCCUCCGAAGACAACGACGAUAUGAUCGAAACCCUCAUCUGGAAAGAGUCGCAGCCCCAAUUGACGGGCACGUCUUCGUCCAGCGAGACUCUUGCCAGCCCGAAACCGUCCCAGGAUGAUAGCGACUCGCGCGAGGACUACAUGUUCGAUCUGCUGCUGUAUCAUGUCACUACCCUGUCUGGGUUUUCCAGGCGGUGGGAAGGCGAGCCGUCGCGCCAGCGCUUCCGUCGCUUCUACAAGGAGCUGCGAUCAGAUCCGCGUGGGCUGGCGAUCCUCGGACGACUCAGCCAGGAGCAAUUCACAGUGCUGCUCAAGUACUCAGAGAUCCGCUCGGACGCUUCUGCCGAGGCCUUUGUCCGACUCGUGAUUGCAGAUAUGCGGAGCCUCGGGCUCGUCGACGAGUAUCUCUUCAGCACCGUGCUGAUGAAGGCAAGACGGGGCUUGCCUGGGUCGACAGCCAAGAUCGAGCAGUUUAUCGAGGAUUUCCACCAGAGCGGACUGGAGAUCAGCCCCAGGAUCUACGUUCUGUACCUGGAAACCGUGAUCCGGGAGUUUGGGCCCAAGUAUGCCAUCAAGUGGCUCCGGGCGCACCCGGAGCGAGCGAGCCUGUUCGACCAGCGCACCGCCGACAUGAUGAUCACCAAUGGCCUUUGCCGCAUCGGCGCCGUUCGGGAUGUCGAGUCCAUGGUCUCCAAGCUCCGGACGUCCCAUGCCGACGACAGCUGGCUCGAUCUCUAUCUCGUGCGUGUCUACUCGACCGUGGGUGACUGGAAGACGACGGCGCGCUACUAUCGCCGGUACGUCGACAGCGGCAACGUCCCACCCGUGUCGGUCUACCAGAUCGUUUUGCAGAUGCUCCUCAACGGAGAUCUUCGCAACCGCUACCGAGGCGACAUCCGCAGCCACACUCUGUCGCAGACCUUUUCCAGGCCAACGACGUCUGCUCGGAAGCGCAAGGACCCCAAGGACCCCAAAGAGUGGAAAGAGUCCAAGCACACGGCGCACGGCGAUUCCCAGCCAAACACACCCGGCCUGGCCUCCGAGUCGAGCGAAUCUUCGAAAGCCCGGAGCGACUACUCCCGCCGCCUGUCGCUCGAGGAAGAGGACGAGAUGUACGAGCUUGGCGUCACUGUCUUCAAGGAGAUGAAGACGCUCGGGGUCAAGCCCAACUCCAAGAUCUACUGCAUCUUCAUGCAGUCCAACUUCCGGCGACAGCUAUUCUCGCGCGUCGAGGAUCUGUACACAGAGAUGUGCAGCCUCGGGAUCGAGCCCGAUGCGCGAAUCUACGGCAUCCUUCUGCAAAGCCGGGCUGAAAGCGGUCGGCUGCAAGAGUUUGAGCAGAUGAUUGACCACCUUGAUCGCGAAGGCAUCGACAUCGACAUCCAUCUCUACUGCAUCAUCAUGGACGGGUACAUCACCCUCAAGAGCUUUGACGGCGCCCUGUACUGGUUCGAGAAGCUGCGGAAGGAGCGGAUAGCCCUGAACCUGGUCGGGUACACGGUCGCCAUCCGGCUGAUGUGUAUGGUCGGCAACAUGCGCAUGGCCCUCGAGAUAGCAAGCCAGAUGGAGGCCGACGGCGUUAUGCCCAACAUUGUCACCUACAACACUCUGAUCCAAGGCUACUGCGACUUUGGCGACAUCCCUGCGGCCCACCGACUCUUGCAAAAGUUCCCCGAGUCGCUCAAGCCCUCGGUGACCACCUACAAUAUCCUGCUCCACGCCAACGCCAAGCGCCACCACUUUGACACCGUCAACAGCCUCUAUUCGGAGAUGCUCGACCGGGGCAUCCAGCCAGACGUGUCGACCUACACGAUCCUGAUGCAGAUCCAGGCCACGCUCGUCAACUCGAGCGGCGCCGUCAGCGUCUACGACGAGCUCGUCAAAGUCGGGCAUCGGCCGAACAUCACCACCUACCAGAUCCUGAUGAAGGCCUUUGCCAACUCGAGCAAUGUCGAGCGUGCCAUCGCGAUUCUGGAAACGGCCCAAAAGGACAUGCACGUCAACGACUCGGUCUCGCUGGGGAUCCUCCAGAACGACCUUUUGAACACGCUACUCAAGCUCAACCAGCCCGACGAGGCGCUGAGGGCCUACCACCGCCUGAACCCCGGCGGGCCCAGCGGCCCGCUCUACGGCCGCAUCACCCUCAACACCCUCGACAUUCUGGUGCGGAUCAGCGGCCAGCUCAAGGACCCGCUGGCGGCGCAUCAGUGGGUGCGCGAGUCGGCGCGACUGGACAUUGUCCUCGACACCCGCAUCUACAACGCCCUCAUGAAGGCCUACCUCACUGUCGGCAACACCCGCGGCUGCUUCAGUGCGUACAAAGAGAUGAGCGACAUGGGCAUCCGCCCGGAUGUCAGCACAUAUACCUUGCUCGUGACCGCCCGCGGCCAGAGCGACGGCCGUGACGGCCAGCGCAGCGUCUUUGCAUCUGCGUCCCGGCCGGCCUCGGACAAGUCUCAGAUGCCGCAGCGCCCACACGAGCGCCGCGACGGAUCCAAGAUCGGAUCAAAGCCGGCACCGAUGGGCAGCCAACACGGUCCAAUGUCGGGAAACGACGAAGGCAGCAAUGAUGAAGCACCCAGACGAGAACUCGAUGAUUCUCUCAAGAAGUGGUAUCGUCGCCAGAGGACGAUCUCAAGUAUGGUAUCGAAGGAACUGUCAGAACGCAGAGCCAGCGUGUGAGCAGCGACAGAGCCCACCGCCAGCCCGCCCGAUCGCCGCCCCCCUGGCAUCCCGGCAUCCUGGUAUCCCUGCAUCGCUCUGCUCGGGUCUGUCGCGCCGAGGGCGACGAUCGCAACGGCA